AUGUAAAAAUAAAUAAGAGAUGGAUUGUAUAUAUUAUCAUUAGAGUAUGGAUUAUUAUUCUUUUUCUUUGCGAUAAAACCAUUGAUUCCAAUGAUAAAAGUAAAAUUAUAAUUUGGAAAAUCUAGUAGGAUUUAGUAGAGCCUUUAAGGAAUAUUUGAAUUUGAUAUGAAUUAAAAUAUAAAUAUAAUAAACUAUAGCACAUCUAAUGGAGAAAAAAAUAAAGAAAAAAUUAGAGAAUAAAAAUGUCAAAUUCAUUCUUUAGAAUUUGUGCUUCUACUAUAAAAAUCUCUAUUAUUGAUCCUGAUUAUUAUAAAUACGUGUUAUUGGAUUAAUCAAUUAUAAUUAAUCAUGAAAAUUAUUCUAAAAUUAAUAAUUUAAAUACAAAGUAAUUUAACAAUAUAUAUAAUUAAUUAUUCAAUGAGGGAAUAUUAUUUCAAUAAGGAGAUAGAUGGAAACAAUAAACGGAAUUAUUUUCUUUGCAUUUUGACUGUAAUAAACUGAAAAUAAGUUUAAAUAACAUAAAUUAGAUAAUUGAAAAAUAUAUUAUUUUAUAUGAUGAAUAACAAGAAAACAUUUAUGAAAUGAUAUUGAAAACAAUUAAUCAAAUUAUUGUUUUCAGUUUUUUUGGAGUAGAUGCUGAUAAAUUACAGAUUAAUCGUAGAUGUAUGGGGCUUGAAACCAUCAAUUAUUUUAAAGUUUAUUGA